AUGGGAAAAGACAGAACAGCAAUCCACGUCGAUGAAAUCUACAAUGUGGAACUAGGCCUACAACCACAGCCGCAAGGCAAAGACAAUAAAUUCGUCAUUGGCGAGAACGGGACGCAUGCACAUCGUCUGUACGACGGACGACGGCAGGAUGGCAUGUUGGAGCUGCUGAACGAUAAACUCCAAGCUUUACGAGAAGCAUCCAAACUGUCCAGGAAAAAUAGCAGCAAAAUCGAUAACACAGAGCAUUUCGACAUCCAGCCAAAGAAUGUGACAGUAGGUAGUCUACCGCUCAUCCAGCUUGAGUCUGCCUCGUCUCCUCCCCGGCCAGAAUCGAAGUUGCCUCACUCAUUCACUCGUCGCCAAUCAUCGAAUUCAGGAACAGCCGGGUCGCUAAUAGAUCGCUACGGAAGAAAUAAAGAGCAAAUCGGUAGAGGCUCCUCUGGCAUCGUCACCGUCACCUUUCGACCUCACUCCGUCGAUCACCCAUCAGGCGGACAGCUUUUCGCAGUGAAAAAGUUCUCUCGGCGGGAGAAGGACUCGGUGAAAAAACACCUGAAGCGCGUCGGAGCCGAGUUUUGCAUAUCGUCUAGUCUUCAUCACCCAAAUAUUAUCCAAACAUUCGACUUGGUGCAGGAUACCGAUGGCACUUUUUGUCAGAUCAUGGAAUAUUGUUCUGGUGGCGAUGUUUAUACACGGGUGAGGUCGCAAGGCAAGCUUUGCGCGACAGAAGCGAACUGUUAUUUCAAGCAACUUCUGCGUGGCCUGGAUUAUCUUCAUACUACGGGCGUUGCACACAGAGACAUCAAACCGGAUAACCUUCUACUUACAUGUCGUGGAUGUUUGAAAAUUGCCGAUUUCGGAAACGCGGAAUGCGUGCGACUACCGUGGGAGACAACCAGUCGAUUGUCGUCUGGGCUUUGUGGCUCGUUUCCGUAUAUAAGUCCAGAGCAAUAUGUGACGUUGGAUUAUCGCGAUCGGGGCGCUCCCUCGUCGCUGUAUUAUUUUGACGCUCGGGCUGCAGAUGUGUGGUCCGCCGGGGUUGUUUAUAUGGAUAUGCGAAUGGGUAAACAUGCAUGGCGGUUUGCGGUCUUUGAACAAGACGAAGAUUUUGCGAAUUACGUGAGAGAUAUUCAGGAAUUGGGGACAUGGGAGCCUAUAGAGUCUCUAUCGGGGGUAUGUUUUCUGAUCGUAUGA